AUGGCCUCCAAGACCUUCUACGCUAUCAUAUCCGGGGCCGGCUCUGGAACAGGCCGUUCCGCAGCCAUCCGCUUCGCCAAGGACUACCCCGUCGUCUUGCUGGCUCGUAAGCCGGAGAGCUACGACCCCAUCGUCGCCGAGAUCAAAGAAGCCGGGGGACAGGCUUUUGGCCUCACCGCCGACGCUACGGAUGAGGCCGCUGUUAACGCCGCUUUUGAGACCAUCAAGAAGGUGCUUCCCGGAAGCAAGCUCGCCGCCGCUGUAUACAACGUCAACGGCGGCUUCUCCCGGAAGCCAUUCCUCGAACUCAAGAAGGAGGAGCUAGAUGCCAGUCUCGAUGCAGCACCAAAGGGAUUCUUCACAUUCGCGCAAAAGACACUGCCUCUACUACUUGAGUCAGUGCCGGAGUCGCCUCACCCGCCGUCUCUGAUUAUCACAGGAGCCACGGCGUCCAUCAAAGGCUCUGCCUUGUUCGGUUCGUUUGCUGCAGGCAAAUUUGCACUCCGCGCUCUAGGCCAGAGUCUAGCCCGCGAGUUCGGUCCCAAAGGUGUUCACGUAUCACACGCAAUCAUCGACGGUGGCAUUGACACGCCUUGGGGCAAAGAUUAUGUCGCCAACAAUGGUGUCGAGGACGGCAAGAUUUCCCCAGACGCAGUAAGCCCAUGCCAUCCACCGCAGAAGACCCCUGCUGACCAACUCGUCAAGAUUGCGGAGACCUACUGGCACUUGCACACGCAACACCGGUCUGCCUUCACCCAAGAGGUUGAUAUCAGACCCUAUGUAGAGAAGUUCUGA